UCAAGUCUUCACGAUCAUCGUUGGCUAGUUUGUUGCACUCUUUUUCAAGAAACGAACCAGACACCUUUUUUUGUUAAAUUAGGAAAGUCUCAAUUUUUUUUCACUUUGUAAGAAAAUAUGAGCUCAAUUAUGGCUGCAACUGCAACCCACCAAGUGAAAAUCCCCGGAUUUUCCGGGCUUAAACUCGACAAGAAAACACCAUGCUUUGUAUCAAGAGAGAAAUGUUACAGCAACAAAGGAGUAUUGAGGCAAAAGUACAGACCCAUGAAAAUAGUGAACGAGAAGGUGGUGGGGAUAGAUUUAGGUACAACAAACUCAGCAGUGGCAGUAAUGGAAGGUGGACAACCGACAAUAGUGACAAAUGCGGAGGGACAAAGAACGACGCCGUCUGUGGUGGCGUAUACGAAAAACGGCGAUAGAUUAGUCGGGCAAAUAGCGAAAAGGCAAGCGGUGGUAAAUCCUGAGAAUACUUUUUUCUCGGUAAAGAGAUUUAUAGGGAGGAAGAUGACGGAGGUUGAUGAAGAAUCGAAGCAGGUAUCGUAUAGAGUGAUGAAGGAUGAGAAUGGGAAUGUUAAACUUGAGUGUCCUGCUAUUGGUAAGCAGUUUGCUCCUGAGGAAAUUUCUGCUCAGGUCUUAAGGAAGCUUGUUGAUGAUGCCUCAAAGUUCUUGAAUGAUAAAGUUGCUAAAGCAGUGGUUACAGUACCUGCAUACUUCAAUGACUCCCAGAGAACUGCAACGAAAGAUGCAGGUCGCAUUGCCGGAUUAGAUGUUCUCCGCAUAAUUAACGAACCCACUGCUGCUUCAUUGGCUUAUGGAUUUGAGAAGAAGAAUAACGAAACCAUUCUAGUGUUUGACCUGGGAGGUGGUACUUUUGAUGUGUCAGUUCUUGAGGUUGGAGAUGGAGUAUUUGAGGUGCUCUCUACCUCAGGCGACACACACUUGGGAGGUGAUGAUUUUGAUAAGAGAACUGUUGACUGGCUUGCUGAAAAUUUCCGUAAAGAAGAAGGAAUAGACCUUCUGAAGGAUAAACAAGCGCUUCAACGUCUUACUGAAGCUGCUGAAAAGGCAAAGAUAGAAUUGUCAACCUUGACUCAAACUAAUAUCAGUUUGCCAUUCAUCACUGCUACUGCAGAUGGUCCAAAACAUAUUGAGACAACACUUACAAGGGCCAAGUUUGAGGAGUUAUGCUCAGACUUAUUGGACAGGCUUAAAACACCAGUUGAAACUGCCUUGAGGGAUGCCAACCUUUCCUUCAAAGAUAUAGACGAAGUAGUUCUUGUUGGUGGAUCGACACGAAUACCAGCUGUUCAAAACCUUGUCCGCAAGAUGACUGGUAAAGAGCCUAAUGUUUCUGUCAAUCCUGAUGAGGUAGUUGCUCUUGGAGCUUCAGUUCAGGCUGGUGUCUUGGCUGGAGAUGUUAGUGACAUCGUGUUAUUAGAUGUAACACCAUUGUCACUUGGUCUGGAAACUCUAGGUGGAGUUAUGACAAAAAUCAUCCCACGAAAUACAACACUACCGACUUCAAAGUCAGAAGUCUUCUCAACUGCGGCAGAUGGGCAAACCAGUGUUGAGAUUAAUGUGCUACAAGGUGAAAGAGAGUUUGUAAAAGACAACAAGUCUCUUGGAAGGUUCCGUCUGGAUGGGAUUCCUCCAGCUCCUCGUGGUGUUCCCCAGAUUGAAGUAAAAUUUGAUAUUGAUGCCAAUGGUAUUCUCUCUGUCACGGCUACUGAUAAGGGUACCGGAAAGAAGCAGGACAUUACUAUAACCGGUGCUAGCACUUUGCCCAAAGAUGAGGUUGAUAGAAUGGUUCAGGAAGCUGAGAAGUUUGCUAAAGAGGACAAGGAGAAGAGGGAUUCCAUUGACACAAAGAACCAAGCAGAAUCUGUUGUAUAUCAAACUGAGAAGCAGCUAAAAGAGUUGGGAGACAAGGUGCCAGCUGAUGUUAAAGACAAGGUGGAAUCGAAACUGAGAGAGCUCAAGGAUGCCAUAUCUGGCGGUUCAACACAAACCAUUAAGGACACAAUGGCUGCGUUGAACCAAGAAGUCAUGCAGCUGGGACAGUCUCUAUACAGCCAGCCAGGUGCUGCUGCUGGUCCUGCUGGUGCUGCUGCUGGUCCGGCAGGGGCAUCUGGUUCCAGGGGCAAGGAUGAUGGAGAUGGAGAAGUAAUCGAUGCAGACUUCAGCGAAAGCAAUUAAGAAACAGAAUCAAGAGUUCACCAAUGCAUUAGACGGCCUUUCUGUAUAAAUCUUUUGGCAACCACACCUAGAUGAUAGAGUAAAGGUAUAUAUUUGUGUGAAUCACAGUGGGAGAUGACAAAAAUUGUACAUGUGUGACUAGCUUACUGGAGUGUAAUGAAGUUGAGAAAAUGGAUUUUCUGAGCUAGUAUGUUUCCAAAAUCUGAAAAUGUGUAGGGAGGUUAGGAUUACUUUUAGGAUUACUUUGCUGCCGGCGCCGUCUGAAUUAUGCUCCUCAGGCAGCUUAAGUAUGAGUGUGUAUGAUUGUUAAAGAUGUAACAAUUCUGUAUUUGCCUUGA